AGAACACAUGAUGUAAUGUAAUGUAACCAUGUAAACCUGUUAACUAAUAUUUAACAGUCUGACACCUUUUAAAAUAUUUUGAAUUUUUUGAUGGAACAAGAGUAUAUAGCCAUAAAAUCCUAUUACUAGAUGUAAGAUUUCAUGAAGGGGUGUCUUCCAAGCAUAAUGGGAGCAAACGCUUCAGCACUUGUCAAAGAUAUCGGGCCAGAACAAUUUCCUCCAAAUGAACAUUAUUUUGGAUUCAUCAAUUUUGGGAAUACUUGUUACUGCAACUCUGUACUACAAGCUCUCUUUUUCUGUCCACCAUUCCGAGAAAAAGUUCUUCAGUAUCGUCAGCAACUGAAUGGAAAGCAUGGGGGGAAUAAAAAGGAAACAUUACUCUCUUGUCUCUGCGAUCUUUUCCACAGCAUAACAACACAAAAGAAGAAAGUUGGGGUCAUACAGCCAAAGAAAUUUGUUGCCAAAUUGAGAAAAGAAAAUGAACAAUUCGACAAUUAUCUGCAACAUGAUGCACAUGAAUUCAUUAAUUAUCUGCUCAACUACAUUGCCGAUGUGCUCAAAGCUGAGAAAAAGGCGCAACUUGAAAAGCAGAGAUUACAUCAAAGCAAAUUGGAUGAUAAGCACUCAAUUGGAGAAGUUAGAAAGGACAGAAAAUCUAUGUUUAGUCGAGGCAGAAAAGACAAAAUAAAACCUGAAAAGCAAGACUCGUCAAAUGAUGGAAAUGGAGUACCCCUCACUAACCGCAUUGGUGCAAGCUCUUUUCUAACAAGUUUAAAAUUGAAAGCACAUUCUGAAAAUCCAAACCUCGAUGGUGGUAAUGCAUCAACAGUUUCUUCAUCCUCUGGAACUGGCUCAUCCAUUAAUCAGGAGGAAACAAACUCGACAAAGAUUUUAGCUAAUGGUACUCCAGAUUCUAUCCCAAACAGUGAAUUAUGUAUUGUCAAUGAGAAUAGCGAAUACUCUUCGAGUAGUAGUGCCAAGUCUUCUUUGACAAGUUCAUUGCAGCGACCAACUCGCAACACAGAGUCUUCAUCUUCUUCAUCUCCUUUAAUAAAGUGGGGACGCAAAAAGAAUCAAAACGGCGAUUGCGCAAGUUUGGAAACAGAUGAAAAUAGUCAUGCAUCUUAUCCAUAUGAUAGAAUGAGAGGUAUGGGAGAUAAUGACUCUACAUCUACAUGGGUGCAUGAAAUAUUUCAAGGAACGCUAACAAAUGAAACCCGAUGUCUCACUUGUGAAACAGUCAGCAGUAAAGAUGAAGAUUUUUUGGAUCUUUCAGUUGAUGUCGAACAGAAUACAUCAAUAUCACACUGUCUCAGAGGCUUCAGUAACACGGAAACUUUGUCUGGUGAACAUAAAUAUGACUGUGAAGUUUGUUGCAGUAAACAGGAGGCAGAAAAAAGAAUGAGAGUCAAAAAGCUUCCUGUUAUACUCGCUUUACACUUGAAAAGAUUCAAAAUGGACAGCCUUCAACGAUAUACUAAGCUUUCAUACCGGGUUGUGUUUCCAUUUGAAUUAAGAUUGUUCAAUACAUCAGAUGAUGCAACUAAUGCAGAACGACUUUAUGACCUAAUUGCUGUUGUUGUUCAUUGUGGAAGUGGGCCAAGUCGUGGACAUUACAUCACUAUAGUUAAAAGCCAUGGACUGUGGCUCUUGUUUGAUGAUGAUAUUGUUGAAAAAAUAGAACCAAAUACAAUCGAAGAUUUUUACGGAUUAUCAGCAGACAUUCAAAAAAACUCUGAAUCUGGUUAUAUCUUGUUUUAUCAAUGCAAAGAAUGAUAGAAAUUAAAAAUGGGUUUGUGCUAAUCUGAUUAUGUUGAAACGUUUGUGAGCUUUUUUCAAGCACACAGUACUUAAAGAGAAGUGUUGCAAGAGUUCUUGUUUGUGAGCACAAAAUUGAUAGUCAACUCAUGGUCACUGCACAUAAAUUUAAGCAGUUUUAUCAAAACUGAUACAGUUUGAAAGUUGUUGUCAUUGAUGACCCUUCUUAAUCAGACCAGGAUCUAUGCAUGCAUGUUUCAGUUUUGUAUUAAAGGAGUAAAUUAUAUAAAUGAAAUUUUAUAAAUAUGUUUUGCAUAGGAUAUCUAACUAGCUACUUGACAAUUUUCUGCAUCUCCAGUGCCAGCCCAGAAUAGGUCAAAAAAAAUCUUAAAAAUAAAUAGGAUUGCUAUCACUACACAUCGACUUUGGCAAUCAAUUGAACCAAAAAUAUUUUCCUCGACUCUUAACAUUUUAUGUUAAAAAAGUGUAAUGGUUUCACUUUUCUUCCAAACGAUAAAUUGGUAACUUCACACAGUCACCAUAAAAAAUGUAUUUAGUUUGUGAUCAUGUGACCUUGGGCAUAGAAGUUUAUCUUUUUGGCUGCAUCCUUAUUAGUACCAUUGAUAUACAGACUACAGAGUAUAUAAGAGCAGAGUGUAGCUAGAUUCUGAAAAUGAUAUCUUCCUGUAUCCCCCACUUGCAGCUAGAGGUUUGGUGCAAGAAAAAACAGGUUGACGUGUAAUAAUUGUCUGUAUUGUUUAUUAUCGAUCAUGCAUUAUCAAAUUUUAAUUUCCUGAUAAUUUAAUUUGUAAUAUAUGUUUCCUAAUUUGACAGUGGCCCUUUCUGGAAAAUAACUUGUGCCUGUCGACAUCUUAUAUGAAUGUUACCUGAUUAAAUACUUACCUUCAGGCUUCAACCUUCACAUAGCCGCGUUUUCUUAAGACUCGCAAUAAUAGCGAUAAAGCAUUUACUCAGACCUAUUUAGUUUGUAACUGUUUUCGCGGGUGUCAAUCAAAAAUAAUAAAAAUUCAAGUACUUCUGCUGCACAAAAUAGUAUUGCGUUGGCGUAUUUCAAUUUGUCCACAAGAUUAUUACUAGUUUCUAUUACUAGGAUCUAAAUACUAUCUGGAUUUUUUUGUAUUUUAUCUGCAUUUUAGAUUGGGCCCCCUGGUUCAAAUUCUUAUGUGUGCUCCUGUUGUGCAGUGGUUCAUUUAUUUUCAUGAUAUCUUUUUGAUCUUGCUGAAGGCAGCCAGUGAUAGUAAUAUGGGGUUCCUGUUUAUGAUAUCCAUUUGUUGUAGUUAGUAUUUUAAUUUUAAAUGCACUGUCUAUAUGGCUAGUAUCUGCAAUAUAUGAAGUGAAAAUGAUUCGAUCUAAAA